AUGCACGAUCCCACGUUCCACGAACUUUUGAGAUAUAAAGAUGUAUUUGAUGAGGGAUUGGGGUGUUUCACCGACGAGCGGGCCAGGCUGCGGGUGCGGCCGGAUGCGGUGCCGGUGUUCUGCCGGGCGCGGCCGAUACCAUACGCGCUGCGCGCACGCGUCGACGCCGAGCUCGACGCCAUGCUGGCCACCGGCGUCAUUGAGCCGGUGGACCACUCCGACUGGGCUACGCCAUUGGAUAGGGCGUUUAACGAAGUAAAAAGGCUUUUGGUGGAGGCGCCUGUGCUGGCACAUUACGACCCGGAGCGGGAUUUGGUGCUUACGUGUGACGCGGGCCCGCGCGGGAUCGGCGCGGUGCUGGCCACGCGCGGCAACGGCGCCGGCGGCCGAGAGCGCGUGCUCGCUUACGCAUCGCGGGCGCUCACGCCGCCCGAAAUUAACUAUAGCCAAAUACACAAGGAGGCUUUAGCGAUAAUAUUUGCGGUGAAAAAAUUUCAUCAAUAUAUUUACGGUAGACGUUUUGUGCUGCGAACCGACCACAAACCGCUCGUCAGUAUUUUUGGACCAGGUCAGGGAAUUCCCAGCAUGACAGCCAGCCGUAUGCAGCGCUGGGCGUUGAUAUUAUCAGCGUACGAUUUCGACAUUGAAUAUGUCAAGUCGGAUGAUAACACAGCGGAUGCACUCUCACGAUUGAUUGCGGCGCAUAAGGCUACGGGUUCAGGCCAGGAGGAGUGCCCGGAACAAACAUAUUUACAUUUUGCUACGAACGCCUUACUGCUGGAUUAUAACAAUAUUAGGAAGGAAACACAUAACGAUAUUCUGUUAAGUAGGGUGUUAAGCUACAUAAGGGACGGCUGGCCUCAAGAUAUAGAAAUUCGGGAAUUGAAACCUUUUUAUAGUCGGAAGGCGGAACUUUAUUUAGAGUUAGAUUGCAUCAUGUGGGGGCACAGAGUGAUUAUUCCAAGCGCGUGCCGGGAGCGAGUCCUAAAGGAGCUACACGAUUCCCACAUGGGCAUGGUGAAGACGAAGGCGUUGGCGCGCAGCUAUGUAUGGUGGCCCGGCCUGGACGAGGCGGUGGAGAGGGUGUGCCGCGCCUGCGAAGUGUGCGCCGCAGUGGCCGCCGCACCGCCGCGCCACGUGCCCUGCCCGUGGCCAUAUCCUAGUCGUCCUUGGUCUAGAGUACAUGUCGAUUUUUUGGGGCCUAUUUCGGGAACAAAAUAUCUAGUACUUGUUGACGCUUACUCCAAAUGGAUAGAGGUGACGAGCAUGUCUACCACUACAGCUAAAGCUGUCCUGAGUAAGCUGAGAGAACAUUUUGCGAGGUUCGGUUUACCCAAGCAGAUCGUUAGUGAUAACGGUCCGCCGUUUGCGAGUGAGGAGUUGCAGGCAUUUUGUAAACAAAAUGGUAUUGAACAACUAUUUUCGGCACCUUAUCACCCCGCCUCUAAUGGCCUUGCUGAAAAUGCAGUGAAGCUGUGCAAGAGGGUUAUUAAGAAAGCUAUAGUUCAAGUUGUCAACGUAGACGCUGCCCUAAGCAGAUUCCUACUUGUGUAUCGCAACACUCCUCACAACACUACAGGGGAUAGUCCGGCCCAGGUAUUAUUAGGUAGGCCGGUACGUACCCGACUCGAUUGUCUUAAGCCAGACCGAGAAAAACGGGUAAAUUCUUUCCAACGACAGCAUCAAGCUACUGCAGACGGAAAACCUCGAUCGUUUAAUGUAGACGAACUAGUUUGGUUUAAAUUAUUUAACACCUCAGGUCCUAAUACUUGGGGGAAAGGAAAAGUGUUGGAACGAAUGGGGGAGACUGAUUAUAGGAUAGAAACUUUAACAGGUAUAAUGCAUCGGCAUAUAGAUCAAUUAAGGAAACGUGAUUCAAGUGGUGAGGGAAUUGCACAACGUAAGAAUACGCGUAUUUAUCCACCGAGUUGUUUACCCGUAGCAGAAGCUACAGAGCAUGCGUCGAGCUCGAGGUCGGGGGAGAGGGAAGGCACUAGCGACGACAACAUCGCGCGCCCGGCGCCGGAUCCGAACCAACCCGCGGAGCAGGCGCAGCCUGGCUCGCCCGCCACUGAACGCGUGCGGCCCGAGCCAUUACGGCCAGUUGUAAGGCCACCCGUUCGCUAUGGUUGGGAUGUUUAA